AUGGGCUGCUGCACCGGGCGCUGCUCGCUCAUCUGCCUCUGCGCGCUGCAGCUGCUCUCAGCCUUGGAGAGGCAAAUCUUUGACUUCCUUGGCUUCCAGUGGGCACCAAUUCUUGGAAAUUUUCUACAUAUAAUAGUCGUUAUAUUGGGUUUGUUUGGAACUAUUCAGUACAGACCUCGAUAUAUUGUGGUGUACACAGUAUGGACUGCCCUCUGGGUCACCUGGAAUGUGUUCAUUAUCUGCUUUUAUUUGGAAGUAGGUGGACUCUCUAAGGAUACAGAUCUGAUGACAUUCAACAUUUCUGUGCACCGGUCAUGGUGGCGGGAACAUGGGCCCGGCUGUGUCCGAAGAGUGCUGCCUCCAUCGGCCCACGGCAUGAUGGACGACUACACGUACGUCUCCGUCACAGGCUGCAUUGUUGAUUUCCAGUACCUAGAGGUCAUCCACAGCGCUGUCCAGAUACUCCUCUCAUUGGUUGGUUUUGUGUAUGCCUGUUAUGUGAUCAGUAUUUUCAUGGAAGAAGAGGACACCUUUGAUUUCAUAGGCGGACUUGAUGCACACUCCUACUACCAGGAUCAUGUUGAGUUAAAGCCUGUUAACCUGUAA